CGGGCGGGCGGCGGCUCCGGGGGCCCGGGGGGCGCGCGCCGGGGGCCCAUGGCCGGGCCCUGAGCGCCGCGCGCGGGCGCGCACCAUGAACUCGUGGGACGCGGGCCUGGCGGCGCUGCUGGCGUGCACCAUGGGCGUCUCGCUGCUGGCCAACGCGCUGGUGCUGCUCUGCCUGCUGCACAGCGCCGACAUCCGCCGCCAGGCGCCCGCGCUCUUCACCCUGAACCUCACGUGCGGCAACCUGCUGAGCACGGUGCUCAACAUGCCGCUGACGCUGGCCGGCGUGGUGGCGCAGCGGCAGCCGGCGGGCGACCGCCUGUGCCGCCUGGCCGCCUUCCUCGACACCUUCCUGGCCACCAACUCCAUGCUCAGCAUGGCCGCGCUCAGCCUGGACCGCUGGGUGGCCGUGGUCUUCCCGCUCAGCUACCGCGCCAAGAUGCGCCUCCGCGACGCGGCGCUCAUGGUGGCCUACACGUGGCUGCACGCGCUGGCCUUCCCCGCCGCCGCGCUCGCCCUGUCCUGGCUGGGCUUCCACCAGCUCUACGCCUCCUGCACGCUGUGCAGCCGCCGCGCCGACGAGCGCCUGCGCUUCGCCGUCUUCACGGGCGCCUUCCACGCGCUCAGCUUCCUGCUGUCCCUCGUGGUGCUCUGCUGCACGUACCUCAAGGUGCUCCAGGUGGCCCGCUUCCACUGCAAGCGCAUCGACGUGAUCACCAUGCAGACGCUCGUGCUGCUGGUGGACAUCCACCCCAGUGUGCGGGAGCGCUGCCUGGAGGAGCAGCGUCGCCGGAGGCAGCGCGCCACCAAGAAGAUCAGCACCUUCAUCGGCACCUUCCUGCUGUGCUUCGCGCCCUACGUCAUCACCAGGCUGGUGGAGCUCUCCUCGGCAGCGCCCAUCGGCGCCCACUGGGGGGUCCUGUCCAAGUGCUUGGCCUACAGCAAAGCCGCCUCAGACCCCUUCGUCUACUCCCUGCUGCGCCACCAGUACCGCAAGAGCUGCCGGGAAAUCCUGGACCGGCUCCUGGACCGGCUCCUGCACCGGCGCGCCCUCCGCUCCUCGGGCUUCAGGGCCGCGGACACCCACAGCCACAACAUCCUGCCGGCCCCCGAGUGAGUGCCACACACCGCCCCUCAGCCCCCUUCUUGCUUCCCCCGGACCGGACCGUGCCUCAGGGCUCCCCAAGGCCACUCGAGCCCCUGGACUGGCCAGACGCCCAGAGACAGUCCGCAGGGCCGUGGUGGGGGCUGGGGGCCCGGGGCGAGCGUGGCUCCGACACUGGCCUCACUGGACACGAGGCUGUGUGCAGCCAGUGGCUCCCUGGGACACCAUCCCUCUGCAGGGGACGCCACCCGGCCUCGGGGCUCCCCACGGGCCCAACCCCUCGUCCCCACCGGUGGUGUGGUCACUAACACAGACUUUGUCCAGCUGGUCCAGAGCCCCGUGUGCCCCGCUGGCCCUGGGGUCCCGUGUCCAGAACCCCGGGGCACGGCCGAGUGGCUUCCCACCUGUUGUCUUAGAAACGGUUCUGUUGGACUCAGUUCCCAUCUCUGUCCCCCCCUCCCCAGACCCCAAGGCUAGCGUCCUUGUGUGCAGACAAUCUUCGCAUGAAAACAGUGACAUGAGCAGGUGACCCACGUCUGUGCUCCGGAGUGUGACCCCCCAAGUCACCUUCGUCCCGUUCCCACACCACAGAUGCCGGCGUCCAGGGGGAAGGCAGGAGGGAGGAGUGGGCGGGGACAGGCACGGCAGGAAGUGACCCCCGGGCAUUAGGCAUCUUGUCCAGCACAUCCGGGAGGCAGGUGGAUGGACAGGGUGGCCUGCGGGGUUCUCAGCUGGACGUGGAGCCCGGGGCUCCGUUCUCUCCGGGGCUCCGUCUCCGGGUGGGUGGCUGUGAGCCGGUGCACGGAGCGUGGAGACCUCCGAAGGCAGCGAGUCUCCGAGUGCCAUGCUGGGGUCCCAUGGGAACCCCGACUCUCACGCCCCCCCUCCCCCCCUCAUAGUCCCGUCUCGAGGGACCAAACCCAAGGUGAGUGCCGCGGCCUGUCCCCGCCCCCCAUGCACCCGCCCCCAGACUCAGAGGCGCCUCCUGUACUUGCACCCGUCGCUCCGCAGCCCCCCGCCCGGUGGGAACCCCGAGGAACCGCUGGGUUUUCUCUGCCGAGGUGCCCGGCGUGGAGAGGACGCGCUCUGUGUCAGGAGGCGUUCUCUCCCCACCCCUCGCUUCUCACUUCACAGCACAGCCCAGCCUCCUCCGGCCCGGUCCAGGGUUUCCAUGGAAACUGGAGCAGAGAGAUGCAGCGGGCCUGGACACCUCCCCGGGUGGGCCUCCCUGUUCCGAGGAGCAAAGGGCACGUCCUCUCCCAGCUCCGAGAUGGCCGAGCGGAGACCGGCCUUUCCGGCAGUGCCGGCUGAUUGCUGAGCGUACCCGGGUCUGCCGUGGGCACCGCCACCCGUCUCAGUGACGCCCAGCACUCCUCUCUGCGGCCCCGCCCAGGGGCUCACGGCCCUGCUUGUCCACCCACGCCCCCCACCCCCGAGCCCCGGCGAGCUCCGGGCCCAGGAAAAAUGCACAAGGUCAAACCCGGCACGGCGGCGCCCUUUUCUCUGGAAGUUUGUCAGGGCUGGUCAGCGGGUCUGGCUGACCCCUCAGGUCCAGUUCCAGGAGCAGAAGCUCCAGGCUGUCCGCUGGGUCUGGUGGGAGCUGGUGGGGGACGGCUCCUGGCAGAAGGAGACGCUUCCUACGGGAACUUCCAGAAGCAGCCAGAUGUUUCCCCCAUACUGGAGCGAAAGAAACGUGUCCGGCACGUGCCAGGCUUCCUGAGGCAGGCGGGCCCGGUGGCCACCAGGUCUCUAGGGGGGCAGAGACCCCAGUGGGCUUCGCUGCCACGGCAACAGGGAUGUCCGCUCGUCGGGCGCAGGCAGAGGGAGAGGGAAACCCACCCCGGUCAGCUUGGCAGCGGCUCCCCAAGCCCCGCUGAAUCAUCUACCUCAGGGGUCCUGAGCUCUGGCACCUGGUUCUCAGGCCGGCCCGUCGGGAAUGGCCACACGAGCACCCUGCGGUGCUGAAGGGCCCACGUUGGGGUGUCGAUGGGCCUGGGCUGGCGAGGCCGGGGGGGUGGGGGGGCAGGCCCAGCUGUGCUGCUGCUGGACAGAGCACGGGGUGCAGCUGGAGAAGGAGCCCGAGAGGAAGCGUCCCCGUCCCCGACCCCACGCACGCCCUCGCUCGCUCUCCCGCCCUCCCAGUCUGUGGGCACUGCUAGGCCUCGGGACCCCCGUCCUCCCGCGGGGGGUCUCGCUGCUGAAGAAGGAAGGCCGGUCCCGUGAGGGGGUCUGUCCACUGGAACCAGGGGCCAGGCCCUGGGGCUGCCCGAGCAGUGGUCGGCGGCCCCCAGAGAUCUUUGUGGGGUGUCGUGGGGAGGAGGGACGCCGGGAGGGGGCCCUGGGACCCCUGUGACUCCCCCGGGGUUUGGUUCUGUGGCUGUGCCCCCGAGCAAUAAACCUCCCUCGUCCUGCGGCGAACGUGGUUCCUUCUCAGCUGCUGUUCCUCCCCUCCCCCGUGUCCCGACAGCCGGGGAGACACGGGCGCAGGGAGCAGACCCCCUCGCAGGAGCACGGGGAUGGUGGGGGGGGCGGGAGACACGGGCGCAGGGAGCAGACCCCCUCGCAGGAGCACGGGGAUGGUGGGGGGGCGGGAGACAUGGGCGCAGGGAGCAGACCCCCUUGCAGGAGCACGGGGAUGGUGGGCGGGGUGGGGGCAGGGGCCGGUAGAGGCCCUGCAGGUUGACGGCUUAUUUUCAUUGCGUUUUGGCAGGAGGGGGGCCCAGGGGUCAAACUCGGGGCUCACACACGCUGGGCCGUGUUGGCCGUGGGGCAAGGGGUCUGGCGGGGCUUCUGACGAGGAUGUCGAGUCAGGCGCCUGCGUUCCGGCCAUGAGCCCCGUGAGGGAAAGAGGGGCCAGGCAUACUUGGGGGUGUCCGCCGCCUCCCCGGGGGGUCACGGGCAGCUUCCCUUCCCCCUUCCCGAGCCGCCUCCUCAAGGGCGGCCAAGGUGCGGGGCUCUGUCUCUGCAGGCCCCGUCUCCCCCCCCGCCCCCCCCCCCGGGAGCUGGGCCACCCUGGGUGACGCGGCCCCUUCACACAGUGCGGUCUCUUGGUCUCGCUGCCUCACUUCCUCUCCGAAUGGCUGGAGGCGGGUCCUGCCGCCCUGCACCGCACUCCAGGGCUGAGUCCCGUUGUUCUCAGAGGGACGGGGAGAGCGCGCGUGUGUGUGUGUGUGUGUGUGUGUGUGUCGGGGGAGGGGUGCAGGGGGUGCUGGUUUCCAGAGCUACAGGACAGCCUCUGCGAGCCAGCCUCCUCCUGUGGGCUGAGGGUUCGGGCUACGAGCAGGCGUGGCAUCCGGGCUGCGCUGGGGACGGGGAGAGGCCUGGGGGCCCUGGCCCGGGUCCCACUGCCCGCCCUGCCCGGCUGCCUGGCUGCGACCACGGCCUGUGGCCCUUUGGCCACUGACUAGCAGCCUCAGGCGCGGGGGCAGCGCCGGGCCGGGCACCCCAAGAGCCUCUUUUCCGCAGGUGACCCCCACCUCCAGCUGGCUCCUGCCCUCCCCACUCUGGGCAGCUGGGGCGGCCCACGGUACCUGCCGUUGUGGCUGAGCCCCCGGUCCUGAGCCCGGGGAGCUGGCAGCAGCUGCGGUGCCCCCCCACCUCGAUGGCACCCGCCCUGGGCUCCACCCUCGCUGUUGCCGGGUGAGGUUUAGCAGCCGCCUCUGCGCCCGCCCCACCUCUCCGUCCCACAGGCCACGAGGAGGUUCUUGGCCUUGGAGCCUCCCUGCGGGGUCGGCCCCCUAAGGCAGGGUGGAGCUGGAGGACCCUGGGGAGCCAGGUGGGGGAGGGGCUCCAGGGUUGCCGUUGGGGGGGGGCACAUUUAUAAGCCCCCCACCUUCCCCGCGGAGCCUCCCUUUGCACUUAAGCCACGGCGUCCCUUGGCCCCAGAAGGCACCCCCAGCCCCUCCCUUGGCGCUGCUGGUGCCGGGGGGGGGGGGGGUCGGGGGCGGAGGGGGCAGGAGCCUGAUGCCUGGAAGCUCGUGCGCCCCUCCCCCGCCCCCCUCACUGCCUGGCCUCGGCUCCCCAGGGCGCCUGCGUGAACUGGAGGGGUGGCAUGACCCCGGCCGCCAGGACACGGGCCAGGCCUGCAUCCUCCCGGGCAGCUGCGGACUCUGGCCCUGUGAGGGGCUGGGGGGGGGUCCCACUCGAGCGUGCCCAUGAGAUGGGCUGUGGGGAAGGAGAGUCCGGAAGGACUUCACGGAGGUGGUGACAUGGGUCCAGAGUUUGCCGUAGGGACGAGCCUAUGACAAGACAGACGGGACCAGGCCCAGGUAGAGACGGGCACGUGUCAGGGACCAUCACGGGGAACACGGGGAAAACCUCUGUGCCGUGACAGAGCAGGCGUGUGUCUGUGGCCAGGGGGAGGUAGAGUCUAAGAGCUGGAGACCCAGAAUUGGGCCUCUGAGCAGGAGACACCAGCCAGGGGGCUGCGUUUAUUUAUCUGUCGAAAACAAAGGAGAAGGCAGGAAAGAAAGGGAAGAGAACAAGGGAAGGGGGGAGGAAGGGAGGGAGGGAAGAAGGGAAGGAGGAAGGGAAGGAAGGGGCUGUAACCACAGUGCAGCAGAUAAGGUGCUUGCCGGCACUCGGCCUACCCAGAUCUGACCCCCAGCACCCUAGGGCCCCGAGCCUGACAGGAGUGACCCUCAGCACAACUGGGUGUGGCCCCAACCCC